AUGUAUUACUACUGCAACCGGACUACAAUGAGCGCGAGCGCAGCCUGGUCCGGGGCGGAGGGUCCGCAGAGCUGCUGCGGUGGAGGAGGAGGAGGAGAGCUCGUGAACGGAAACGGCGGCGGAGAGAUCACCGAGGCCCGUGCGAUCAGCGAGUGGGAGAGCGCCACCUGUGAUCCCGCCGACGCAACACGGAGCGCGAGCACGGACAGCACGGUCACGCGGGAACAAGAGGACGGUGCGGCGCGCGGACUCUCCCGCUGCUGCAGACGAAGCGCCGCGCCGGGAGGAGGCGGGGAUCCCCGCGGCGUUAAUAUUGAUGGAGAGGACGGAAGUGUGCGGUGUCCGCGCUGUACGGGGGAAUACGGGGGGCGGAGAGGAGUGUGUGAAACCGGGGCGCGAGAGUCUCGGAACUCGGAAGCGGCGGUCAGCAAGCGCCGGGGAUGCAGUUACAGCGGGGCCUCGAAGAGGGCGUGUUUCUCCGGGACGAACACGGCGGAGGAGGCGGCGGCGUUACACUGCGGCGGCUCGGACCCUGACAGCGGUACCGGUUCCGGCUCCGAGGCUCCUGUCCAGAACACAGCCGGAAGUAGACAGAGCCGCGAGGAGAAGUUUAAACUGAGACGACAGGGAGAGUUUUCCAAAGGCGCGGUAGGAGCUGGAAGUUUGAGUUUCACGUGCGAAACGAAAGGUGCUGGCGGUGUGAUUAACGGAGAGCGGCGCGGCUGCAGGACGGCUAAAGGGCGCGUGAGGCUGUACCGCGUGCGCUCCUUCCUGGCUUCUACUGAGAGGUUGAGUGCAAACGGUGUCCCCGUGGCUCAGCUCUCAGACCGCGGUCACUGUAAGCACCGGCCACAGCAAAAACCCCAGUUUAGAGUCGCGUCCUCCUCCCACGGUGCACGUGCGUAUGAAGACGAGUCCGGUACGCGGCGCCCGGCUGUGAAUGGCAGUCCGCACGCGCGGGUAGCUGGACCGUGGUCGAGGCAGGUCGUGGAGGCCAAGAAACGGCAGGUUCAUCUCGGAGAGAGAACGGACAUGCUGUGGCGCCGCCUUCAUGCAGUGCAGGUGAAACAUGUGGAGCGACACGUCACGCAGCAACUCGGGGACCUGCGGAGAGCCGCCGCGGCCCCGAACCCAGCCGAGCUCAGGCGCUUAGCGCGCAGCUGCAGUGAUGUCCUCCACACGGCCGGGGGCGCCCUAGACUCCGAUCACACGGCCAGCAGCUCUGGUGGAGGCAGUGACAGUGAGGAGGAGGAAGAGGGGGGGAGGAGGAGAGCAGGCCGACAUGUUUCAGUUUGUAUGAGCAGAGAAUGGCAGUGGAUGAGGGAGAGGGCGUGGCUAGGGAGUCGGUGGGUGUGGCUACAGGCUCAAGUAUCGGAGCUGGAGUAUGGGAUUCGUGCACUGACUGAGCUCUACACGCACCUCAGACAGGGAAAGGUUUCACAGUUGAGAGCCGUUCACUCUGUACCUGGGACGCCCCUCAGAGCGCCGAGACCCUCUCCUCAUGACUGCAGUUUCAGGAAGAGGGUAUCACAGGACUCCGCCCCCUCAUCACAAACGUCACACAGUCCCACUUCAUCUGCUGCGCGGGUUCGUCCAUUUCUACAACACUGCCGUCACAGGCUGAUCCGCUUGGAGUGUUGUCCUGCACUAGCAUCGAAGGCAGUGACUAUGCCAUGCUGCUGCGAACCCCCUGCGGUAUGUGUGUUGUGUGGUCCUCCUCACCCGCUAGCCGAGGGGACGUCCACGUGGACGUGUCGGAAAGGGCUGGACCAGCGUACUCACCCUGUUCUCUCCAUGCCUUCAGAUGAUGACUGCGGUGAACAAACGACUGCUGCGCAUUGUGCGACCCCGAUGCUGGCCGGACGUCAGUCCCACAGUGCCGUGAGGUGGACGGGCGAAGCAACGUCAUCAUGCGUGGGAAGGCGGGGUCAGGGACAGCAGAAGGCUGGGCAAGUAAGAAGGAGGCUUAUAUGUCCCCGCCGACCAAGCAUGCUGCCUCCACUCAACACAUCUGGUGGUUCUAACUGCAGGACUCCAAGGGGUGUGGUCAGCCCAGGCUUCCUUCAUCAGCAAGUAGCAGAUCUUUCCCACCUCCCUGGCCUUCCUGCACCUACAGACACGCCCACACAGCCAUUGCGGAGGAGGAGAGGAGAGAGUUCGUUCGACAUCAAUAACUUGGUAAUGCCUCUGGGCCUGGCUGGACUGGGAGCACGAGUGCAGAAGCUGCAGUACAAAGAGAUUAUCACUCCCAGCUGGAGAGAGCUGGACUCUGUCUGGGGAGUCUCGGAUGGUCCGUGUGCGAACCGGUUGGACGCACCGCACCGGCCCAAUGGAGAAGGACUAGAACGUAAAGGCGACGUGGAGGAUCUGUCUGACGCCGUUUUUCUGAAGAGGCACGCAGUAUGGGAGAGCAGAGAGCGGAGUCGCUGGGGGAGCUGGGCCCGCAGACGCCACCGGGGCAGGUCGUCUUCCUGUUAUGGAGAUGGGAAUAGCUGCAGGGGUUCGGAGCAGGCGUCAUGCUCUCCAGAGCCCAGGCAGGGAAAGAGCUCACCGUGUAACCUCUUCUGCUCUGCAGCAGACAAUCCCUUCUACCAAAUGGAGGAUGAACAGCAGUCAGUGCAGCCGUGGGAGAGCAGGUCGUUCCCCCUGCUGGAGGAGGAGCUCCGAUGGCUGCGGGAUGAUGAGGAGGCGGAGCUUGAGGAGGACGCAUGCGCUGCGAGCGGCCGCAGCCAGAGCACUGACUCGGGCAUCUCGGUAGGCAGUUUGGAGCUGUCACCAAGGACACCUCAGCCGCAUCAGCUGCACUCAGGAGGCCACAAACCAGCCGUCUCCACAACUCAGGAUUCAGACUCCACCCUGCCUUCUUUAACCCCACCCUCCCUGUCCUCCCUGCCUUCACCCAACGCUCAUCAAAAUCCAUCCAAUCACAGAGUGAACAGAGUCGACGCCAGUCCGCCGUGAACCAGCCUGGAGAAAUCUCUUUCAGUCCUCUCUGUCCCCAAACGUCCUGUCCUGCUUAAACUGCUGACCUUCACCCGACCUUCACCGGCCCUGCUGCCUGUCUCUUAUUUUCCGAAUGACAUCAUCAGCUCUUAUCAUCUCCGUCCUGUAACCCUUAAAGUUGGUCAUUAUCUAGCAGCUCCUGGAUCAUUAACACCCGAAACCUCCACCAAUAAAUAACCCUUCUAUUAAUGCUCAGCCAUGUUCUUGUACUACUGCUCAAUGUUCCAGUUCUCCUCCACCUCCAUGCUCACCACUUCAUCUCAAAAUGUGUUGAUCCCUCGAUCUACCCCUACACACAUCCUACUGAAGUCCAGGUUUUAAAUGCAGCUUUCUCCCCCUCCGUCCCUUCAGUCUCUCUGCUUCUCCCCCUCCGUCCCUUCAGUCUCUCUGCUUCUCCCCCUCUGUCCCUUCAGUCUCUCCGUUUCUACCCCUGAGGGACAGAUGAGCUGGCUGGUUCACCUCAGUCUCUCCGUUUCUUCAUUUUCCAGACCUGUCUAAAGCAGGUCUAAACGAGUAUACAUGUUAGUUGUUUUUUUUUCUAUUUUAGUUGUUGUUAUUUUUGUAUGUUAAACACUAGUUCAGUCUCCUGGAGACCGAGAUUUGUCCACCCAGUGAAGGCAAACUCCUCCAGGCAGCCCUCCAUUAUACAGUAUCUCCAUAUAAACAAGCUACUUAUUACCCAUCAUGCCUUAUUUAUGACUUUUUCCUCACUUAUAACUUUUGUUCAUUCCACAGAGGUGUGUGUGUGUGUGUGUGUGUGUGUGUAUUGUCUCCACUGAAACAUGACCUUAAGUAGCCCCUACCUUGAGUGUGUGUGUGUGUGUGUGUGGGAGGGGAUGGGUCUGCUGCAUUACUCAGUUAAGGCAAAUACAAACUUUUGUAGGUAGAGCAUUCACGUGGAAAGUGUGUGAUUUGAUACAUGCGCAGUGCUCUUGAUGCGAAGAUGAAAUAAAAAUGAAAAUCACUGACACGUUUGCUUUUUGAUUUGCUCACGCUGUUCACCGAUCAGGGUAGAAUCUGGACUUAUAAAACUCCGCGAUCAGUAAAGUGACACGAAUCCAUCUUGCAGAGAUGAUCACAAGUAGUUCCAACUGAACGGUUUCAGAUUUUGUCUGUUCUGUCCGGUGGAACCAUUACAGCUUAAACGGUGUGGUUUCUGCUAGAGGUGACCUUAAACGUUUUAGUGAAUGCUCUGAUUUCUAAUACACAGCUGAAGUACAGGCCAUUUUAUGAGCAGAACCUCCUGUCUCCUGUCAAGUUCCAUUCACAACAUUCUGUACAUGACCACCUCAAAACAAAACAAAACAAAAUCCCUUUUCAUUUAUUUCCGAGGCACAUGAUGAAAAAUCAGUGUGGAGGUUGUGCACUGAGAGACCAGCAGAGGGCGCUCGAGCGUAAGGCUUCCUGUGUGACUGAAACACCACCGAAGGAACGGUGCAGGAAGUACAGUACAGAUACCGUCAUGCUCAUCAAAACAUGAACUAAUCAAAUUAGAGUAUUUACAUGUCCUUCGAGCAUUGGCGGAUUCAGGGGUGGGGCUAGAGGGGCACUGGUCCCAGCUGAAAUCUGAUUGGUCCCUGAAGUGCCCCUGUCCUGUCAGUCAUCUCUGAUCCACAUCAGAUCAGCUGAGUCGGUUCGUUUGAAGUUCUACUUUAUUUCUCCCGACACUGUGUUCUCACCCUCAUCCACUUGCGCUUCAACGAGUUUGGCAGAAGUGGUGGUUUUUGACCAAAUAAGAAGCCGAGCCUGCCUUCUCUGACCCUGAGAGCAGUAUGGAGGAUGAAGUGAACCUGUUAUGUUAAGUGGAGAAGUUGAUCAGAAGAUGAAAAAUUGCUCCGUUUUUAUUUUUUAAUGAUGCAGUGUUCUUGCAUACUUUUGUCUAUGAAAAUGUUUGGUUUUAAAAUUAAAUAAUUAGUGUUUUGAA